AUGGGCCACCAGGGGCUAGCGCCGGCGCCGCUGGACCCGCAGUCCCCACCGAUCUCGGUGGCGUCGUCGUUGACCCCGGCCUCGCCGUACUCCGAGCUACACCCGCUCCUCCUGCCCUCCCCGAACCUGCUCUUCGUCAAGCCCAAGACGCUGACCCUCUCCCUCUCGUCCUCCUCCCUCACCUCCAUGGCCUCCUCUUCGCCGCCCGCCCCCGGCACCGAUGCCUGGGAGGUCGUCACCCCCACUGACCCACCAGUCGCCCACGUGGACGGCGGGCUUGAUGACUGCGCCAUCUUCCCGCCGCGGCUGCACGAGGGGCUGGGCCUGGACGGCGAGCCCGAGGAGGUGCCGCUGCUGCCAGCGGCGGCGAAGGAGGCGGAGGAAGAGGAGGAGGGUGUGGAGGACGAUGAGUGGCUGUGGGGGUGGGGGUGGAGGUGGGAGAGGUGCCGCUUGGCGGCGAGGCGCGCUUGGGCGGCCGGGGUCGGGACCGUCCAGGAGCGGGUGCUCGUCCACGGCGCAUGUGGGUGCCCGGCGGUGAGGCCAGCCGUGUGGUCGGCUGCAGCGGCGGCCGCUGUGGUGGGGGCGCUUCUGUACGCCCGUCGGUGGGAUAGGAGGGAGCGGGACCUGCUCGUGCUUCUCUCCAAGGAGAAGGAUAAGAGGAUAGCACAACUGCUGCAUCAAAUUGCUUUAAUGAGUGACAUCAGAAGCGCCAAUGAAGCAGUGAAGAUCAUCAGGAACUACGAAUCGUUUUAG